CUGAGUGCUCUGGGCAGGACACAGGGUGAUGCCCGUGGGGGGGGCGGGCGGGUAGGUUCAAUCCCCUGCCCCAGUUCAGAGUCCCCUGCAGUCCUGGAUGGGGCGUGUGGCACUGGGUGCCCCUGACUAUUGUGUCUCUGCAGCUGCAGAAGCUGCUGCAGAUGCGCAGGAAGGGGGUGCUGGAGGAGGAGCAGAGAGACAGCAGCAGUGAGCACAGGGGCGAUGAAGACGAUAUUCCUUUGGGACCCCAGUCCAACGUCAGCCUCCUGGACCAGCACCAGCACCUCAAAGAGAAGGCGGAAGCGCGCAAGGAGUCGGCCAAGGAGAAGCAGCUGAAGGAGGAGGAGAAGAUCCUGGAGAGCGUGGCUGAGGGCCGAGCUCUGAUGUCUGUGAAGGAGAUGGCGAAGGGCAUCACCUACGACGAUCCAAUUAAAACCAGCUGGAAGGCCCCACGGUACAUCCUGGGCAUGUCAGAGGCACGGCACAAUCGCGUGCGCAGGAAGUACCACAUCCUGGUGGAGGGCGAGGGCAUCCCACCGCCCAUCAAGAGCUUCAAGGAGAUGAAGUUCCCAGCAGCUAUCCUGAGGGGCCUCAAGAAAAAGGGGAGCCAGCAGCCGACUCCCAUCCAGAUCCAGGGAAUCCCCACCAUGGGGGAGAAAUCUGAUGCCUGCAUCCAGAGUGCGCAGGACCCUGAGGCUGCCCACCUGCUCUGCAGCGGCGUGCACAUGAUGGUGGCUACCCCCGGCCGCCUCAUGGACCUGCUGCAGAAGAAGAUGGUGAGCCUGGACAUUUGUCGCUACCUGGCCCUGGACGAGGCCGACAGGAUGAUCGACAUGGGCUUCGAGGGAGACAUCCGCACCAUCUUCUCCUACUUCAAGGGCCAGAGGCAGACCCUUCUCUUCAGUGCCACCAUGCCCAAGAAGAUCCAGAACUUUGCCAAAAGCGCCCUGGUGAAGCCCAUCACCAUCAACGUGGGACGAGCUGGAGCGGCCAGCCUGGACGUCAUACAGGAAGUGGAGUACGUGAAGGAGGAAGCCAAGAUGGUGUACCUGCUGGAGUGCCUGCAGAAGACCCCCGCCGCCGGUGCUGCCGACGUUGACGCCAUCCACGAGUACCUGCUGCUGAAGGGCGUGGAAGCGGUGGCCAUACAUGGAGGCAAAGACCAGGAGGAGCGGACGAAGGCCAUCGAGGCCUUCCGGGAGGGGAAGAAGGACGUCCUGGUUGCUACCGACGUUGCCUCCAAAGGCUUGGAUUUCCCGGCCAUCCAGCACGUCAUCAACUACGACAUGCCGGAGGAGAUCGAGAACUACGUUCACAGAAUUGGGCGCACGGGCCGCUCGGGGAACACCGGCGUUGCCACCACCUUCAUCAACAAGGCCUGUGGUGAGAGGCGCAGGGGGUGGCAGCCGGCUGUGGGAGCUGGGCAUGGCUGGGUGGGCCUGUGGUGAGAGGCGCGGGGCGUGGCAGCCGGCUGUGGGAGCUGGGCAUGGCUGGGUGGGCCUGUGGUGAGAGGCGCGGGGCGUGGCAGCCGGCUGUGGGAGUGGGCAUG